UUGGAUUCUGAUUGGUUAGCAAAUUAUACGGUGCUUACCUGAAAAAUUGAUCCUAUCCCGAAAAAACGAUAAUUGAAAAUGACCGCCCAAAGCAAUAUAACACAGAUAUUCUGUGAUUUUCAGCAGUUUCUCGAGAAUGAACAACAGUUACGAGAGGAUAUCAGAGUGGUAGUAAGAGAGGUUGAGCAGACCGCCAGAGAAAUUUUGACACAAUUACACAGUGUACAUCAACCAGAUGGAAUCAAAUCAGUAUCAAGUAUUUGUGAGAAGUGUGUUCCAAUGUUUGAGACUAUAAGACAAAAUAUGAGUGCUCUUGGUGCAAAAAUACCAACAAAUCAGUAUUACAGGUAUAAUGAUCAAUGGAGGUUUGUGAUACAGAGGCUAGCUUUCCUGUCGGCCUAUCUAAUAUAUUUACAGUCAGAAACUUUGGUUACCAGGGAAACGGUGGCACAAAUGAUUGGAGUAAAAACAGACAGACAAGAAGGUUUUCAUAUAGAUUUAGAUGAUUACUUGAUGGGACUCUUGCAACUGGCCAGUGAAUUGUCGAGACUGGCAGUAAAUUCGGUGACAGCCGGUGACUACGGUAGACCAAUGAGAAUCGCAAAGUUUGUGGGAGAGCUGGACUCCGGUUUUAGACUUCUCAACCUUAAAAAUGAUUCACUGAGAAAAAGAUUUGAUGGUCUGAAAUAUGACCUGAAGAAAGUAGAGGAAGUCGUGUAUGACCUGACAAUACGUGGGUUAAAGCCAACAGAAUGAAUACUUUCUAUGAUCAUUAAACUGGGAACAAUUGUUUUCUUUUUUAUAAAAACAAAGCUGUAUUUGUUUUAAGCUUGACUAUUUGAAGAAUAGGGAGGGCUCUUGUACUCACCCAGGUGUUGUACCAAUGUUGCCUUCACACUUUGGUUAAGUUUUUGCGUGCAAGUUUGUAUCUCAAAAAAACUGAAGGGAAUGGGUUGAAACUUCACACUUAUGAGAGGAAAAAUGUCUUUAAGGUGGUCACUGUCCAAGUCCCAUAACUCUAACAUGAAUUUUUACAGAAUUAUGUCCUUUUUGAGGGUGAAAAUUCUACAUUAUCCAGGUUCUUGUUUCACUAUCAAGCACUGAGAGUAGUCGAACACACUGUUUUACUGACAGCUCUUGUUGAUUUUUCUUUAUAUCUACAUAGCAAUGGCAGCUAAUUACUUCAUUUUUAAGGCAUUAUGGUUUUGUUAUGUACAUGUUAUCUGGGUGGCACAGAUGUUAUAUCGAAUGUUUAAUCGUUCUUUACUUUAAUGCUAAACGAAAAAUAAAUUCAAACUGCAAAAUGUUA